GCAGAACGAGCAGAGGGUGGCGGCGGGUGUGGAUGUGCGCGCGCACCAAAACUACCCCCUCUGUCGACGUCCGUGUAACACGUAAUCGAACUGGGAGCGCCGCGGUUCGUCGUCAGCUCCGUGAUCCGCGAACGACAGGGCCGAAUCUUCGAGGAAAACGAGCGCACGAAAGCACGGGGGGGUCCCGAGCGCCGGAUAAGCGGGACCGAGGAACAGGGACGAGAACCCGCGGGCCGCGGUCGCGACCGAGAAACACCCCCGAGAGGAUCCUCCUCGGGCCUGUCCGGUGUCGAAAGCAGGAACGUCGCAGCCUCGACUCGUUCCGACUGAUAUACAGUGACGUAUCGGUAGUGGUGGUUGGUGGUGGUGGCGGUGGCGGAGGCGGUGGUGGCCGUGUGCUGGUGGCUCUCGCGAGUUCGUGUGUGCCUGUUGGUGCGCGCUGGUGUUGGCGGUUCUCGCCGUCGGUGUGGUAGUGGUGUCGGUGCACGAGCACGCGAGAGUGCACGAGCGCACGGGUGCACGGGUGCACGAGUAGUGCGCGCGAGGGGGUGGAGGUGCUGCCGGGGCGAAGGGACGGUCGGCGGCGAGCCUCGCGCUCUCUUUCCUCUGCCUCCGUUUUCCUCUCCCUGAUGGAACCGAGACGUCGCGGACGCACGCGAGCACAGGAUCGAGCCGUGGAACGACAGACUCGGUGAACGAGAGCGACAACUCGGCAACCAGCGAACGAGAAACGAGGGAUCUCCCUGGCGAAGGGUCUCGCGGGUGUUACCGACGGGACGAGCGUCGGCCGUGAACGACGGGGUGGACGAGCGCGAGCGACAGAGGGUGCACCGUUGGCAGGAGGGCGAACCGUUCGAAGGCCCUCGCGACGCGCGACGAGUCGCACGACCGCUCGAAAGUCGCCGAGGGACGAUUCCGCGUCGCGAUCGGAUUCCGCGCGUGACAGUGUUCGGGUUUCGCGUCCGCAAUGGCGCCUCGCGCGGCUCCGAGGAGCAGGUCGGCUUCGAGCGGAUCCGCCGGCGAUCUCCGGACCGCGACAUUCACGUGAGCAACCCACCCACCCCCCAUGCUACUCGAGGACCCGUUGCCGUCCGCCGCGCCGCCUCUUCCUAGACUCGUCCUCGCGAUCCUGCCGACGAAGCGAGCCGCCUCCUCCUCGCGGCCGACACCAUGAAAAGGAUCCGCAAGAGGCAGCCGCGGAAGAUCAAGGACCGGUUGUCGUCGUCGUCGUCGUCGUCGUCGUCGUCGUCGUCGUCGUGUCAGUGACACAGAGUGGUCGCCGUGCAGUGGUCGGUGUGUGCAUGCGUGCCGAGAGGGGUGCGCGAGUGUUCGCAGGUGAUUCCUCCUCGUCCUUGCCCUCGUCCUUGCCCUCCCGCGUCCCGCGCCCUGCGUCCAGCGUCGUCCUGCGUCCGACGAGGCUCGCGAGAAUCGCGCCGGUGAUCGACAUGCCGCGGCGACCAGCGAUUCGCGUCGCGAACCCAACGGCAGGAGACACCGGCGACUUUCCUGAAGCCGGGAGCUGCUAGAAAAACUCCAGCUCUUGAUACCAGGUCGAAGAGAAGCCGAGCAGCAGGGAAAGGAGAGCGAGAGCGAGAGAGCGAGAGAGAGAGAAAGAGAGAGAGAGGGAGAGCGGAAGCGGCAGGAAGCACGGCAGGAGUACAGUCUGCUGGCCUUUGCCGGAAAGAAAGGGGAAAGGGAGGCGUGCCGCACAAGGGGGUGGGGACGGACGGAAGCAGAAGAAGAAGAAGAAGAAGACGGAAGGAAGUCGGUGGAGAGGUUCGUCGCCGGCAAGCCUGUCCUCGUAGGAUAAUCUAGCAACCUGGCGGACCAGGAGGAAGGUGGCUCGGCGGCGAUGCAGGGCAAGGAGAGCCCCGUCGGGUCCAACACCCAGGAGACCCAUCAGUAUGUCGGCCCUUAUCGACUGGAGAAAACCUUGGGCAAAGGGCAGACCGGAUUGGUCAAGCUUGGGGUACACUGCGUGUUGGGCAAGAAGGUGGCGAUCAAGAUCAUCAACAGGGAGAAGCUGUCGGAGUCGGUGUUGAUGAAGGUGGAGCGGGAGAUCGCGAUCAUGAAGUUGAUCGACCAUCCUCACGUGCUCGGCCUGUCGGACGUGUACGAGAAUAAGAAAUACCUAUACCUUGUUCUGGAACACGUCUCGGGCGGGGAGCUUUUCGACUAUUUAGUGAAAAAGGGUAGACUAACGCCGAAGGAAGCGAGGAGAUUUUUUCGACAAAUCAUUUCCGCGUUAGAUUUUUGCCAUAGUCAUAGUAUAUGUCAUAGAGAUUUGAAGCCUGAAAAUUUGUUAUUGGACGAGAAGAAUAACAUUAAGAUCGCGGACUUUGGGAUGGCGUCGUUGCAACCGGCCGGCUCCAUGCUGGAAACCAGCUGCGGAUCUCCUCAUUACGCCUGUCCCGAAGUUAUUCGAGGCGAGAAGUACGACGGCAGGAAGGCGGACGUCUGGUCGUGCGGGGUGAUACUGUACGCGCUUCUGGUAGGCGCGUUGCCGUUCGACGACGACAACUUGAGGAAGCUGCUGGAGAAGGUGAAACGAGGCGUGUUCUACAUACCGCACUUCGUGCCGCCCGAGUGUCAGAAUCUGCUCAAGGGGAUGAUCGAGGUCGAUCCGGACAAAAGGUUGACGCUGGCGGAAAUAAACAGGCACGUGUGGGUGACAGCGGCGGGCAAGGGCGAGCUGGAGCUCGAGCUGUCCAUGAUGGACGUGGUGCAGACGCACGUUAUUCCGUCCGUGGAUGCGAUCGAUCCCGACGUGUUGCAGGCGAUUGCGAGCCUGGGCUGCUUCAAGGAACGGGACAAACUGAUCCAGGAACUCCUCAGCCCCAACCACAACACGGAGAAGGUGAUCUACUUCCUGCUGCUGGAGCGAAAGCGGAGAAGACCGGCGUGCGAGGACGAGCUUGAGGUGAUGCGGGGCGGCGUCAGGGGCUCCGUGAGCCAGCUGGAGGCCGACCCGCCGAGGAAACGGGUGGACACGUGUCGGGUGAACGGCAGCACGGCCCUGAAUCUCGGCGAGAUCAGCCACGGGUCUCCGCUGACCCCGCGGAGACAGUCCAGCACGAGGCAUCACGCGCGUCGCUCGCCGAGCGCAGGGUGCCACACGCACGCGUCCCACGCGGCCCACGCGCCGCACGCGUCCCACUCGCACGCGUCCACGCCGGGCAGCUCGCCGCUGCACGCCCCGAACGCGGUCGCCGGGCUGCUGAGUCCUCAUCGGGCACCUCCGAGCUCGCACAUCGGCCAGACCGGAAGUCCUCACAGGCUGUCGGCGGUGAGCAGCGCGGCGGGCAACGGGAACUCGACGAAUCCGGCGGUCGCGGCGCCGGUCCCAACUCUGCCCAAUGUGGGAAUCGAGAUCAACGACGUCCAGCAAGUAGUAGCGGUCGGCGUUACACCGCCGGGAUCGCCGCACACCGGAGCCGGUUCCGGCGCCCAUCACUGGAGAUCGAGACUGACCACCAUCAAGAAUUCGUUCCUGGGCAGCCCGCGGUUUCAUCGGCGCAAAUUGCUCACCAGCACCGAGGAGGUGCACCUCACCCCGGACUCGUCGCCGGAGCUGACGAAGAAGUCGUGGUUCGGUAGCUUGAUGACCACGGAGAAGGACGAGACGUUCACGGUUCUCGUCAAGGGGAAAGUGUUGGCCAGCGUGAAAGCCGACUUGAUUCACGCUUUUUUAUCGAUAUCGGAGCUGUCCCACAGCGUUAGUUCGCCGAUGUCGUUCCGAGUCGAGUACAAGAGAGGAGGCACGGCGCCGGCGAUGUUCCAGAGACAAGUCCGCUUUCAAGUCGACAUCAGUGCCAUAUCGAAGCAACAGAACGAGCCGCUGUUCGCCAUUACCUUCACUCUUCUCAGCGGUAACAUCCGCCGGUUCAGGAGAGUCUGCGAGCACAUCCAGUCGCAGGUCUGCUCGAGGAACGUCGGCAUCAGCUUAGGGGGCCAGAGCAGAGCCGCGCCGCCGAGUCCAAGGGCCUCGAGGAAGUUCGCCACCGAGAUGAGCGAGAGCUCCAGCUGCGGCAGCGACACCAGCGAGCGGCUCUUCCUCAGCCCGCAUCCAGCUACCAGACAGGUAGUCUGUUUUAACAAGGCACAGGCACAGGCACAGGCACAAGCACAGAUACCCGAGAGCGUGCACAGCGGCGGAGCCUCGCUCGAGGAAUCCAAUUAGCGGAAUUAAAACGUUGCGCAACGCAUUCGAAUGCCGUUAUCGUUUUUUCGACGAUCGAUCGGCUCGACGAGAAGCAACGAUCGGUAAAGACCCCGCGAUCCGCGGCGCAUCGCAUCCAAUCGAGAGCGUCGCGGACAACAGAGAUCGAUCGAUCCGAUAGAAAUUCGCCGAAAAGAAACAUAGGCGACCCUGUCCCUUGAACCGCGCUCGCGCGGUGAUAUCUCCCUUCGACGGCAAUCGCUGAAACGGUUGCCGACAACCAAAGUGAAACACGAUCGCGGAUCGAGAGUGGUUUUUAGAUGAUCGCGAUCAAAUUCGAACGCGGAAAGCCUGGAACUGCGAUCGAUUUCACAACCGAUCGAAACGAUCGCCGUUUCGAUCUUUCAACUGUUACCGAUGUCCUUUCGGGGAUGAUUCGCGACCGACGUCGUUUCAACUCGACGAAGUCCAAGCGACGCUUUUCCGUCGCACGGACGACGCGACUGCGGCUCCGAAAAUGCAGCCGAGCCGUGCGGCGAUAAUACAGCAAUGUCUCCCUAAUUGACGCUCGGAUUGUCCACGAAAGUGGACAAUUUGGGAAGAGGAGCCUCGCGAAUUCGAGCCUUGCGACUCGUCUUUAUAGUUACCGAUCGUCAACGAUUAGUAAAAGCAUGGCGCGAAGCCGGAACAAUCGUGUCUCCUGCUCCCAAAUUGUCCAUAUUUCUGCACGAUCCAAGCUGUCUCAGUUAGGGAGACGUUACUGUACCAGGCCCGAGUCAUAAACAACUUUCGCUUCUUCCUCACACAUUUAUUUUGUCUUUUGUCUUAUGCAAUCGUCUUUCAUAUCCGAUGAAAGCAAAGUCUCCUUCGCGACUCGUAGCGAGCAGAUGCGAACGAUAGAUUCUACCUAGCCGCAUCGGAAGUUAUUCACGACUCGACCUAAUAUCUCCAUUACCCGCGGAAGCCUUAUGAACGACCCUCGGGAGGAAAGCUCUUCUCCUGUCGCGAGGAGACGUCUGUCGCUCGAGCUGCAUCAUCGGUGCAUCCCGUAUACCCCAACGCACGACUCUCUCGACUCUCUGUUCCGAGAGCCAUAAGUCAUCUCGCGUCUUCCAUUCGACUCGAAAGAACGAUCUCGCCGGUUUCCAACGUCCCGGCGAAAGAAAUUUACAAUUGUGGUGGAACCAGAGUUCUCGAGCGUUCGUCUCGUUCGGGCUAUUUUGGGUUUUGUCCAGCUGGAACGCGCUGGUCGGAGCAUCGCGUCGUGCGGUGGUCGAGUGUGGUCGGUCGAGGUUCCAAGGGAUAUCGAUCGUUAUCGUGUGCUUCUGACGCAUUUCGAGAGUCCCUCUGUGCGGGCGCGGCCGCGUCCCGCCCGGAGGAUCGCGGUCAGGAACAAAGAGAACGCGAGAGACUCGAAGGUUGCCCGCGUGUCUUGACCGUGUCUCGGUCAUUCCAUUCCAUUCCAUUCCAUUCCAUUCCGUUCCAUUCCGUUCCGUGCAAGAAGCGACGCUCGCUUUGACGCCCGCGACCCGCCAACCACACCUGAACCGUGCUAAUUACCGCGUUGGUUAACGUUGUUUCCGCACUUGCAGCGCGUUGGCCAGCCCAGAGUCUCUCUCUCUCUCUCUCUCUCUCUCACUCUCUCUCUUCCUCUAUCUGGCAACCUCCGAAGCUCGGCGACCGCUCCAAUUAACUGGUCGCCCAAAGCGACGCAAAUGGAACGCCCCGUUACCGCAAAGAUCACCCUCGAUAUCACCCUUGAAAUUUACUUAUCGGCUCGCUUCGCUGAAGCAGAGGCAACCGGUUCCGUCACCGAUCCAACGCGACGCUUCGUUUCGCCACGAAACUGGAACAACGUCUCUCGGAUCGCCGGUCUCCUUUUGUUUCCUGACGGACUUAUCGAUCACGACGACGCUCGGUCCGCUUUGUCCACACAUUCGGCUGUCCCGCGUUUAUUUGCUCCGUUUAUUUGGCCGCCGAUCGACCGACACAACCUGCACACCGCAGAACCUCGCCGAUCCGUAGAAUCGGGCAAUGCGACCGAAGAUCCCGCAGGACUCGCGUGUUCCAGAUUUUCGAUCGCGUUCUGGCUUUCUGGCUAGAGCUUAUCGCGAGGGACGACGCGUCGCCGAGCUUCGACCCGUUCCGCGUUGCCUGUUCCGCCCCUCGCGCUUCGUCUCGGCUAAAUGUUCGCCGAACGUUCCGACGCGGAAACGUUCCGGCUCCGGCAAACUAUCGAUACUCGUAGACGCUUUCCGAACUGCUUCAACGAUCCCGUGACAGACGCGCAAACAGAUGUUCGUAUAUCCCGUGGGAGAUUCGCUUGGAUAAUCGAACCCCGUACACGAGGGAUCCGCGAGUCGCGUCUCGCGCGAGCGAGCUUCGAUUCCCGCGCGCAUCGAUUAGGUGUGUUUCGUGUGAAGUAUUUCACCGCGAGCACCGUCCAACGAUUAUUCGGCACGCCGCGGAUAGGAAAGUUCGAAAGCACGCGGCUUCCGGGUUCGAGUCGCUUGGAAAAUGUUCCAAGGGAAUUU